AUGGCUCACAAACCUAAUGCUGAUCAUAUACCAGCUCCUUUCGCCGGGCCAUCGAAUGAACUGCUUGACCACCAGAACCCGGACUUCCUCGCUCCGCCUUCUACCGAUUUUGGCAAUGUCGGAGCGGCCAAGUGGUCGUUGUCUUUGAGCCCGAUGCGCCUACUGUCCGGCGGAUGGGUGCGGCAAGCCGACGAGACCGUCAUGCCUCUUGCGGAUGAAAUGGCCGGAGCUAUCAUCCACUUGGAACCUGGCGCCAUUCGCGAGCUGCACUGGCAUACUAUCGCGGAAUGGGUCUAUCUCAUCAGCGGCACGACACAGGUCUCGGCCGUGGACCAGCAAGGCAGAAGCACAUUCGCGACGGCGAAUACCGGCGAUUUAUGGUACUUCCCUCCCGGCGUCGGCCACCACCUCCAAGCGACAGGCGACGCACCCGCCGAGUUCUUGCUGAUCUUCAAGACUGGCCUUUUCGAUGCCGCUAAGACCUUCCUGGUCACCGACUGGCUGUCUCACGUACCGUUCUCCGUCAUCCAGAAGAACUUCGGCGUCACAGGAACGGACAAGUUUUCCAGCAUUCCAUCAAAGCAGCUGUACAUCUUCCCUGGCGAAGCCCCCGUGGAGCCUCCCGUCGCACCUAUGAACCCACAAGGGGAGAUCCCGGACCCAUUCGUGUACCCCUGGUCGCAGGACCCAGUUCAGGAGUUCGCGGGCGGCAAAGUUCGCACAGUCGACUCCUCUACUUUCAAGAUCUCUACGGCCUUCUCUGCCGCCGAGGUCACCUUGGAGCCGGGUGCAAUGCGUGAGCUGCACUGGCACACGACGGCCGACGAGUGGAGCUUCUUCCUAGAGGGCGACUGCCGCUUCUCGGUCUUCACAGAGACCGCAGCGCGCACAUACGACAUGUCACCUGGCGAUAUUGGUUACGUGCCCGUCAGCUCUGGCCACUACGUCGAAAACAUCGGCAAUACGACCGCGCGCUUCCUCGAGAUCACCGACUCAUCCGAAUUCGAGGACAUUAGCCUCACGCAGUGGCUCGCCCUUACGCCGCCGGAAAUCGUCAAGGCGCACUUCGGUGUCGACGACGAGACCGUCGCGGCUCUUUCGAAGACGAAGAACAGAAUCGUGCCGGGCAGCCGCUGA